UUGUUAAGGCGGGGGUCGAUUCGAUUGCUUUGCACACGUAAGUGAAUGGAGGCUCUUUGCCAUUCGUGCGAUGUCAUGUAGCUUUUUUUUUUUUCCUUAGGUCGGGAGCGCGCCCGGGGUAGCGGGACGGAAGUGCGCGCUCCCGCCUGCCGGGAUCUGUAUUUGAGGGAAUGUACCGUUUGGUGUGUUCGCUCAGUGCGUUGAUACGGCGGUCGGAGCGAGCGAAGCAGCUUCAACGCAGCAACAGCAACGGCGGCUGCAAUGUGUUUCUUCACAUCGCGGUGCUUAUCUUGAGCUGCCCGGUUCGAGUCGAGACCAUUUCCUUCUAGGACCCGACACUUUGGCUUUUAUGUCUUUGAGUCUCUGGAGCCGCGAAAAAGCAAACAGCUGUCGUUCUCGUUGGGUGGCCUUAAAAGAGAAGGACGAAAAUACCUACACUACAAAUACACAAAUUCUCUGUUUCUUGAAUUUUUAAUGGAAAAAUGGCGAUCUGCGCUCAGUCCUGCAGCAUCUUCUGUUUCGUCUCAAUUCAAACUCUGCUGCUCUUCAGCUUGCCAUCCCCAGGGACGGAUUGCUACAGUUUUCCCCAGAAUUACACAAUGCAACACUGGGCAGAGCGCAUAGAGCAAGAAAUCAGCCGUGUGGUCCAGCUGGUCAGUGGGCUCCCCCAGAUCAGAGGGAUCUACAACGAAAAAAGAAACCAGUUUGAGAUCAAGAAGAACAUCCCGAGGGAGCUGGUGGAGAAGGUGGCAUCGGACAUCGAGAAGCUGCUCGCUAAGAAACGAAAAGCACUGGAGAGGCUGGCAAAAGCUGCAGAAAGCUUUCAGAGGGCACACGUCUGGCAAGACAACAUCAAGGAGGACGACAUUGAAUACUAUGACGCCAAGGCUGACUGGGAACAACCUGAGGAAUACGACGGGGAGGAGAACCUUUUGGCCAACCCCAGGUCUCUGAAGUUAGACUUUGUGGAUGAUCCCAACUUCAAGAACAAAGUGAACUACUCCUACACUGCAGUGCAAAUCCCGACGGACAUCUAUAAGGGCUCUACCGUCAUCCUGAAUGAACUGAACUGGACGGCUGCAUUGGAGGAGGUGUUCAUACAGAAUCGCAACGAGGACCCGUCCCUGCUCUGGCAGGUGUUUGGCAGUGCCACCGGGGUUACCCGAUAUUAUCCAGCUGCCCGGUGGAAGAUCUCUAACAAGAUUGACCUCUAUGAUGUUCGCAGGCGGCCCUGGUACAUACAAGGGGCCUCUUCACCAAAGGACAUGGUCAUCAUAGUGGACGUGAGCGGCAGUGUAAGCGGCCUCACACUGAAGCUGAUGAAGACCUCAGUCACAGAAAUGCUGGACACCCUUUCUGAUGAUGACUAUGUUAACGUGGCUUCAUUUAGUGAGAAAGCCCAAACAGUGUCAUGCUUCGAUCACUUGGUACAAGCCAAUGUACGCAAUAAGAAGGUCUUCAAAGAAGCCGUGGAGAACAUGACUGCCAAGGGGACCACCGACUACAAGUCUGGCUUCCAGUUUGCUUUUGAGCAGCUUCUUAAUAGAACCAACAUCCCCCGUGCCAACUGCAACAAGAUGAUCAUGAUGUUUACCGAUGGAGGAGAGGACCGCGCUCAGGAUGUCUUUGAGAAGUACAACUGGCCGCACAAAACUGUCAGGGUGUUCACUUUUUCUGUAGGGCAGCACAACUAUGAUGUCGCUCCUCUCCAGUGGAUGGCCUGUCACAAUAAAGGUUACUAUUAUGAGAUCCCGUCUAUAGGUGCCAUUCGGAUCAACACCCAGGAGUACUUGGAUGUCCUCAGCCGCCCCAUGGUCUUAGCAGGCAAUAAAGCCAAACAGGUCCAGUGGACCAAUGUGUACCAGGAUGCUUUGGGCUUGGGAUUAGUAAUAUCCGGGACCAUGCCUGUGUUUAACCUCACGAUGGAGGGGGACACUCAGAACCAGCUCAUUCUUGGUGUGAUGGGAGUGGACAUCCCUCUGAACGACAUCAAGAAGCUGACACCUCGUUACAAUCUGGGUGCCAAUGGUUACAUCUUCGCCAUCGACCCCAACGGAUAUGUCCUUCUGCACCCCAACCUGCAGCCCAAGAUCAUUAACUUCAGGGAGCCUGUUACCUUGGAUUUCCUCGAUGCAGAGCUUGAGGACCGUAACAAAGAAGAAAUCCGGAGGAGUAUGAUUGAUGGGAAGGCCGGAGAAAGAACCUUUAAAACCCUUAUUAAAUCAGUUGAUGAGAGGUACAUCGAUGAGGCUUUGCGGACCUACACAUGGACGCCUGUGAAUGGAACAGAUUACAGCUUGGGAUUGGUGCUGCCACCAUACAGUCUCUUCCACAUCAGAGCCAACUUGAGCGAUCAGAUUUUACAAGUGCAGUAUUUUGAAUCUCUGCUGCCAAGCAGUUUUGAGUCCGAGGGACAUGUAUUCAUUGCUCCCAGGGAAUACUGCAAGGAUCUACAGCUCUCAGACAACAAUACAGAAUUCCUGGAGAACUUCAUAGCACUCAUGGAGAAGGUGACACCAGACUCGAACCUAUGCGACAGUUUCCUUCUUCACAAUUUGAUCCUGGACACAGGCAUCAUCAGGCAACUUGUAGACAAAGUUUGGAAGAACUGGGACUUAAACACGUAUGGAAUGCUGGCUGUCUUUGCUGCCACCGAUGGUGGGAUAACACGCGUCUUCCCCAACAAAGCUGCAGAAGAUUGGAAUGAAGAUCCUGAGCCUUUCAAUGCCAGCUUCUAUCGACGGAGCCUCGACAACAAGGGAUACAUCUUUCGAGCUCCAUACAGGGACUCAAAUUCCGACCUUCUGGACCCACUGAAUGACACCAUUGGAAUUCUGGUCAGCACUGCCGUUGAGCUCAACUUCAAUGAGAAAACUUUGAAGCCUGCAGUGGUUGGUGUCAAGCUGGACCUUGAAGCCUGGGUGGAGAAGUUCAAAAUACUAGCAAGCAACCAAACUGAUGGCAGGCAGGGACCGCGCAAGUGUGGACUUUCCCUUAGCUGCGAGAUGGACUGUGAAGUUAACAGUGAUGACCUUCUCUGUGUAUUGAUUGAUGAUGGUGGUUUUUUGGUCAUGUCCAACCAAAGAGAUCACUGGAAUAAGGUGGGCAUGUUCUUCAGUGAAGUCGACUCAUCCUUGAUGUAUGCCCUCUACAACUACUCCUUCUACACCAGGAAGGAAUCUUUUGAUUACCAGUCGGUCUGUGCUCCCAGCCCCAACAGCAACACAGGUGCAGCACCUCGAGGGGUCUUUGUGCCUUCAAUUACUGAUUUACUGAAUGUUGCCUGGUGGACGUCAGCUGCAGCUUGGUCGAUUCUCCAGCAACUUCUUUAUGGAAUGGCUUUUAACAGCUGGUUCAGCCCAGAAGAAGUAACAGCAGACAGCAUGGACUCCAGAGAAACAAGCUGCAUCACCAUGCAGACCCAGUAUUACUUCAGCAACAACACCGUCUCCUAUACCAAUCUGAUAGAUUGUGGGAACUGCUCUAGGCUGUUCCACGCACAGCGGAUCUCCAAUACCAACUUGCUAUUUGUGGUUGCAGAGAAGAUGAUGUGUAGCUCAUGUGAAGGGGUGAAACUUGCCCAGGCUGAAACACGAUCGCAAGGACCUCAGCAAUGCGAACUGGUGGACAAACCACGAUAUCGAAAAGGACCCUCAACAUGCUUCGAUUACAAUGAUUUGGAGAAGGAUGACUGUGGGAGAGGCCACUCAUUCAAGGCAUCCAUGGGGGCCGUGAUCUUUGCUCAGUUGCUGCUACUCUUAUUGACUGCUGACUACUGGCUCCUACCAGUGGCCUACUGCCUUUAACUCAAGAGUGGCUUUAUACAUUGACAUCUGUUCCUUUCUAUACCCAUCAGAUCUUCCUCAGCUCCACCUCGCCCUCCUGCCACUCAUUCAACUGCUAUUAAAACUCUUGGUUGCCACGGUGAUGGGAUUUCCUGUUUCCGCGUUCUUUUUUUCUUGGGAAGCCUUGAAUUCAGCCUCCGCCUUUCCAAAACCUCAUGUUGGCCUCUCACUGAGCAGUGGGACGUCUGAUACCAUUUACUGGGGGAAGACUCUUUGUUAAUAUUAAGAAAGAAAAGAAAUAAA